AUGUUAAAAAGCAUAAUAGUAGUUCUAGCAACUAAGGUCCAAUACUCUUCUUCCCGUGGACUUCCAGAAGAGUCGGUGGUGAGUGUGUAUACACCUCCGAGCUCUGAUGUCUAUCAUCAGAUAGCAAACAACAUUGCCGAGAGGAUCACAUCGCCAAUAUACAGAUUCUUGGGAAUUAACGGAAAUUCUACAACCACAACAACGACAACAAGUAAACCUUGGGAUAAAAUAGAGAUACUAGACGAUACCAGUGAUAAAGAAACAAAACCAUCAGACAGUAAGACUUCAGAAACCAGAGACGUUGAAGAACUGACAUUUGACGGUCCAACGAAGAAAGAAAAACCUGAAAAGAUUACCCUUUAUUCAAAUUAUCUACCAGCAAAGAUAGGAUUGAAUGAUACGAUAAACGAAAUCAGUGAUACCGAUGAGGAUGAUAACUUUGGCUUUGAUGAUGACGAUGAUGUAAAGGAAACGAAACGUAACACAUCACCAUUUAUAUACGUGGUGGAAUUAAUAGGAUCACUCAUACAACUAGUGUACGGCGGAAUAGUUGCGUAUUUCUCAACAUCCUCGUCAAAUAAAACAAACUAA